AUGUCUAAUCUGAAAAAGUUUCUGCCCGACCUUCCCUCCCCUUCUUUCAACAUCAGUUCCGUAUCUCUUCUUCCGCCCAGUAUCAAGUACGCCUGGCAUGAAGGUUCUGCGAGCUCAAAAAGCACACCACCAGAGACGCCAUCAGCGUUCCGAUUCUUUGUACGAGAACCCCAAGACCAGCCGGUUGGAGACAGUUCGACAGUGGCCAGUCAGCCAGGUCGACCAAAGCUGAAUCUCGAAUCUGUGUCACCGCCGACUCACGGCCUCGAUGGUAAUGUCGAAUCACUUUUGUCACCAGUCAGCCCAGCCUCGACUAGGAGCCGGCCUCGCUCAAAUUCUGAAAGUUCACUAUACAUCAGAAGAAAGGUUUCAGGAGUGUCUGCAUUCGACGACAUUAGUGCAUUUGCAGAUGUCACCAGCAUGACAAACUCUCGGUUCAAGGCAAUCGCAGACAGCUUUCAGAACUCAUCCUUGCGGCUCCCGAAAAUGCCGACGAUGAGGCCGUUGCCAAAACGUCGUGUCUCGCCCCAGGCUAACUCGGGGGCAGCAGAAAGACCCGACAUCGUUGCUGCCACGGGAGACAGCACAGGGGCGCAAGAUCGCCAGUAUACUUCGAUCAAAGGCUCACAGAACGCGAAACAUGCCGUGCAGAUAGAGACUCCACAACAAAGAGCGCACCCGAUACUGACACAUGCGCUGUCCAAGACCACAGGCGAUCUAGUUGUCCUGGGUGGCUACCGUGGCUCGAUUCUCAGGUCAGCUCAACCUCCACAUCGACAGGUGUGGGUACCUGUAAAGGUUGGCUUGAAUCUCCGGAAGGUCGAUCUUGAGGUUGGCCUGUUGCCUGAAGACGAAGAGAAGAUGGAGGAGACCAUUAUACCGUCUGGCGUGCUAUCACAUAUUGGGCCGAUCGAUAUAUGCCGAAGGUUGCUCAAACAUAUGAGAAAAUGUCCGAACGCAUGUGAAGGCAAAUUGAGGGUUCAUGACUGGGGUUACGAUUGGCGACUUAGUCCGCACCUCCUCAGUGCGAGGCUUAUCAAGUUUCUAGAGUCACUGCCAUGCAAUCACCCGAACACUCCUCCGGACAAGCGCGGGGCUACUGUGCUGGCUCACAGCCUUGGAGGGCUGAUUACCCGGCACGCAGUGAACCAGAGACCGGAGUUGUUCGCCGGAGUAAUUUACGCUGGGGUACCGCAACACUGCAUCAACAUACUUGGUCCUAUGCGCAAUGGUGAUGAUGUGCUCCUCAGCUCGAGGGUCCUUACUGCCCAGGUCAACUUUAGUCUAAGAACAAGCUAUACUCUUUUGCCGGAAAGCGGUCGAUGUUUCAUUCAAAAGAACACGAAUAAGAGGUAUGACUUGGACUUCUUCGACGCUGACACGUGGGAUGAAUAUCGCCUGUCUCCAAUCAUCAAUCCUCCACUACAUCCGACCCAGAAAGAGGGAGACCGACGCAAGAGUAUCCUUACUGCUCUUUCAGAUAGUAUAGCCUCAAAUAAGGCAAGUUCGUGGUUUGGCGGACAAAGUUCGCCAUCUGCUGAGCCUACAGGAGGGAUAGGAGCAUCCGCGUCAAGGGUGGCGGACAAGGCAGGCAAGGCUGAACGACUGAUGGAAGGUGAUGGUACAGACGAAGUGGUCGGACCUACGAUGAAACAAUCCCAGCAUCGACCUAGUAUUGCAACAGCCUCCACAACACCCAAAGCCCUUGCAAAGGAAUAUCUGCGUCGUACUCUAGCCGAGAACCUCGAAUUCAAACAACAAUUGGUCUGCAAUCCUACUCACCAGGAGAACAACGCAUAUCCACCACACGCAUACAUGUUCGGCAAGACUGUUCCCACAGUGUAUGGAGCAAGGGUUCUUAACGAGGAAGCCAUCAAAUACACUGACGCAUUUGACGAUCUAGCAUUUGCUGCUGGAGAUGGCGUGGUUCUCGCCAGCGCCGCCCAAUUGCCAGAAGGUUAUCGCUGUGUGAAGGGAGGUCGAGUUGAGACUGACCGAGGCCAUGUAGGACUUAUGGGUGAUCUUGAAGGCGUGGGACGGUGCUUGGAGGCUGUCAUUGACGCUCGAACCAAAGGGGUCGGCUUGGGGAAAAAUCAGACAAACAAACGCUCGAUCGAGUCGCAGUGCAGUCCAGUAUGA